AUGACCUCUCAGCAGCAUCCGGUCGAUCUUCUUCAUCCUCAGAAGCAGCAGCCGCUGGCCACUUUUCUUCGUGCUCAGGGGCAGCAGCGACCGGUCAGGGUUCGACGAGUAUGGGCUUCAAAUUUGGAGCUUGAGUUCUCCAUCAUCGCCCAAGUGCUCCCUCGAUUUCCCAUGGUGUCUUUCGACACCGAGUUCUGUUGUUGUACGGAGAGUACUAAAUUGUAUCAAAAUAACAAAUGCACCCUCCUCCCGCAGAAGCCGCACUACCUUCUCUCGGCGGAUGAGCGGUACGCUUUCUUGAAGGCCAACGUAGAACGGUCGAAGUUGACCCAACUCGGUCUCACCCUCUUCGACUCCGAUGGCAAUCUUCCCGGCGGCGUUGGAGAGGCUUUCAUCUGGGAGUUCAAUUUCUGCGACUUUGACGUCUGUCGAGACAAACUCGAUUACAAUUCGGAUGGAAUCGACUUCCGAAUGCUAUUUCUCCAAGGGAUCGACCCCGUCGCUUUGCUGCUUGUUGUCAAGUGGCAGGUCUCGGUGCGUCAUUGCCCCCGUUGCGCCCCACCACCGCAGAAUGGAUUGUCUUCGGCAGCUGAUAUGACUUCGGUUACAUGGUAA